UCAGGCGUAAUGUCGUACAAAGAAGUACCAACAGUUGCAUUCGAUUGAUUAUUAAACACUUUGCUCUUCUCUUUCCGAAUAACAAAGAGGAACUACCUUACAAUUACUACUUUACUCCCGCUUACACAGUUUGCAAAUUUUUGAUAAAUUAUGUAAUAUGCGUACAUCGAAUGAAUAAUCGUACAGAUUGUGUCAGAUCCCGGGACUUAUGUGACACUGUCAAGUGAUUGGAAACAUAACCUUAAAAUGGAUGACUGUGAGGAAAUUGAGCAUUCAGUAGAGCUUUCCGAAAGAAAUUGGAAUCGAGUUAUAAAUAGAGCAAUUAAGGCCGGUUAUAGGGAAGGAGUUGAAGAAGGAAAGAAAUCAGUUUUCCAAGAAGGUUUUGACAUCGGUUACAAAGACGCUUUCGAAACUGCCUUCGUAUUAGGAAAAUACAAGGGGCUGGCAACAGCCAUGAGUAACGACUCUCAAACUCCACCAGCUACAGAUGAUGUACUUGAAAGGACAAGGCGAGGGGCUUGCUACGUCUGCAAUGAAAGUACGAAGAGCAAAGUAAAGACAGAUGAUUUCGUUAAAAUGCCGCUGCAGGAUAUAAGAAAUGGUCAGAAGAAAUAUUCUACAAGGAUACUAGAGACGCUGCAGCAUCAAUUUGACGAAUUGACAAGCAAACACGUAACAUGUAUCAACAAUGCAGUUUUGUAGCAUUAUGUCCUGUACCUGUAAAGUUAACCCAAUCAAUUAAUAGUUGACAAAAGUUGGUUGAGUUAAAGAAAAUUUAUUUAUUCGAAUUUCGUAUUAUUACGAUUGAUAAAAAAUACAUGGGAAAGCGAAAAAUUAAA